AUGCUUAUCAUAUUUAUUUUGGUAACAACUACACUUCAACUCAACACUUCUUUAAUUAUUGAAAAGGAAAUUAAAUAAGAGAAGAUUUUAAUUAAUGGAGAAUAAUAAACAUUUUUCUAACAAUUUGAUGAUUAUGGCAAAAUAUUGUAUCUAUCAUCGUUUAUAUGAUUAGAUCUAUCAAUUUUACAGGAAAUGAUAUAUCAAAGACAUUUUGUUAACCUUUCUAUUAAGGACUUUCUUUAACAAUAACUCCUGAAGGAUUGGUGCCAUUGGUGACUCAACAAGUUAAGAAGGAUUUAGAUGAUCUUACAGAAGAGGAUUUGUAUAUAGGAUAUAGAGAAAAAUUGAUUUCAUUAGCAAAUAGUCCAGAUGGAGUUUGUGUAUUAUCUUCAAAAGGAAAUGUCUAUUUGAUUGGAACAAAUGGUCGAAAUCCUGUAAAUAUAAAAAAUUAAACUCUACCUCAUUCUACAUUCAAUCAAGAAAUAGCAACAUUAAUUUAUGAUGAAAAAUCUAGAUAUUUUUUUGCUUUUUACAAAGAUCAUUUAAUAAAAUUUUAAUUUCAAUAGGAAUAGUUAGAUGCAACUUUAAACUCUAAUUGGGUAUCUCCAUCAAAAAAAAUGAGACUUGUAGCUAGUAAUGGUUGGCUUUAUUGUACUUAAGAAGAAGAUGGUUUAUUAAUAUAUUAGAUAUCACAUAAUGAAGUGAAUUAUGUAAGCUCUAUAAAAUCCAUUGAUUUAUACAAUAAAACAAUAGAUAACUUCUAAAUUGUUGAUGUUGCAGUUUUUGAAGAUAGAUUAUAUAUUUUAGAUGCUAAAAAUGGUGUAUCUUUAUUUAACAUAUAUUUUAAUGGAACCUUUACAAAAAAUAAUAAAUUUGGAAUUAUUAAUCUAUAAGAUUGUCAUUCUAUUUCUGUUAAAGAAUAAACUUUGAUUGUUCUUUAAAAUUUUAAAUCAAAUUCUUAAGUAGUUGAAUUUUACAUCAAAGAUGAUGAAUGGAUAUAAAUCAGAAAGUAUGUUACAAAGAGUAAAUUACAAAGGGCAGAUAUAAUUGAUGAUAAUCUAGUUAUAAUAAGAGGAUUACAUGAUCACAAGAUAUUAUUUACAAAAAUGACAGAAGAAUAUUUAGAUAAAUAAAAUCAUUAAUUGUAAUAUCUUUAUUUUUAUUAAGGGAAAACUAUUUUUUUAAUGGCAAUUUAUUAGGAGUCGAAAAAUAUGGAGAUAACAAUGAUUCUCUACUUGCUGUAUCUCCUCAUGGAUUUUAUUAAUUCAACUAUAUCUAUUAUUCUACUUUCUUGAUUUGUAAUAGCAAAGAUGCUAAGUCAGGACUUUAUUAAACAAAUGUAAUUAUUAUUAUUCAAUUUUUAUAUAGAUGAUCUUAAAAAGCACUAACUGUUCAAAGAAAAUGGAAUCAUAGGAAGAUUUGCUUUACUGUUAAACAGAUUUUCAUUAUAAUUUUGAAAUAAGGAGACCACUUUUCACUGCUGAAUAGUAAUAGAAUUAUUUUUAUAUUGUGAUACUACUGUCGAUUAUGAUUAUUGGAUUGUCAUACAUAAUUGUAUGCUGCUAUUCAAGAUACAAGAAAAAGUUAUAAAUUAUGAAAUAAAUAAACGAAAUAAUCAAAGCAAAUAAGGCUUAAUAAUUAAAAUGA